AUGGCAGCGUUGGUCGGGCGUGAGAGCGGCCGAAUACGACACUGGGAGCAAUGCGGCCGUCUCGACACCACGCACGCAUCGAGAGAGCAGCGGUCUGCAGCGACACCGGCGGUCCGGUUCGGACGCCUUAGUUGUGCCUGGUGUGCGAACGCUGACGAACGACGGGGCGGCGAGGCAGAGCGUGCCCGUACUGGCAAGAUAGCAUACAUUGUACGGAGUAAGCGUGUGCAGUGUCAGGGAGCAAGUAAGAUCGUCGUCGCACAGGAGGCGGGCUUGGGGGCCUUCGGCCUGGAAACAACGCCCCGCUUGUCUUAUUUUGACCCGACCGCCCCUUCAGGACUUCUGCUAGCGCAGGUUUCGCAGCCUGCGGCUAGCCCAGAGGGGCCAGAGGGGAGUGCACUUCUGCCCGAUGGAGUUGGGUUCGAUGUUGUAUGUAGAGAAGAGAUCGAAGGAAGAUACUUUGUACAGAGACGAUGUGCUGCAACUCGGGGCGACUGGGCAGAAGUGCUGCUCGUAUGA